AUGUCUACACCUGGCAGUGACGGGAGACAAACACACACUGGCAGGAGUCGGAAAAAGUUCUUGCAGCGGCUCUACCGUUCGACCGAGGCGGAAGACUUUUCACAACUGAAACAGGCCAUCCAAGAAACAACUCAGGAGACUCCCCACACAAGACACGAUAUUUUGAUGAAAGCUGUUGAGAUCAUUAGACAGCUUGACAUAGAGUACCGUUGCCUUCUUGCGGAGCAGGCGGCUCUGACUUCUAAUGCCGUCUCUUCCACGCAACAUACUGCCUUUGAUCCUGCAGUGUCACAUGUUCCUGCUGAGAGUUGGUUAGUAAACCAUGGCCACCAAACGAUGCCGAUCCAUCCACAUAUGCCUUCUUCGUCAAGUAUAGUACACAACAUGUAUACUGGACAAAACAUGGAUGAUGCUACUACACAGAACAUGGACGAUGCUACAUAUGAUUAUCUUUAUUUCACCUACCAACGCGAAUAA